UUUUGUAGUUAUUUUAAUUUAAAUUUCCCUUUCAGUAUUCCAACACUUCGAGAACAUUGCCAAUCUUAUUCACACAAAAUUCGAAUGAUUGGAAGUGGUAGAUGUUUACAAAACGAAAUUGAAAAUGUUUUGGAAUCUUUUUUGAGUGAAUUGUCUUUAAGUUGUGGAAUUUGUGAUUGGGAAGAGAGUGGAAAUGAAAAAAUAAUUUCUUUGGCUUUUGAGCAUGCCAACACUCAUUCUGAACAAUUUAUUGAAAUUACAAAACAAACUGAUAAUUUAAUUCAAAAUAAUUCAAAUAAAGGUAAACAAACCUUUAAAUAA